AUGAGAAGCACCGCCACACCUCUUGCUAUGCAUUUCAAAUUGACUAAGGAGCAGAGGGCCAAAACAGAAGAAGAAAGAAGGGAGGUGGAGCUGGUACCUUAUUCUAAUAUAGUAGGAAGCCUGAUGUAUCUAAUGAUAUGCACUAGGCCUGAUCUUGCUCAUGCUAUAAGAACUACUAGCAGAUACAUGACAGACUUUGGCAAAUCACACUGGAGUGCACUGAAAUGGUGUCUGAGGUAUCUGAUUGGUACUGAAAAGUUUGGGAUUUUGUACUCAAACAAGGGAGGAGAUGAGAAGGAGCCCUUAGUGGGAUAUUGUGACUCAGAUUAUGCUUCAAAUCUGGACACAAGAAGAUCUCAAACAGGGUAUGUUUUCAAUUUGUAUGGCUCUGCGGUUUGCUGGAAAUCUUUUUUACAGAAUGUGGUUGCUCUUUCAUCAACUGAGGCAGAAUAUAUUGCCUUAACAUCAGCAGUUAAGGAAGGAAAGUGGCUACUGGGGUUGAUAGCAGAAUUUGGAGUAAACCAAGCCAGUGUCACUAUAUAUUGUGAUAAUAGUGGUGCUUUGUGUUUAGCUAAGAAUCAAAUGUUCCAUGAAAGGAGCAAGCAUAUCGAUGUUAGGAUGCACUUCAUAAGGGACGAGGUGGAGUGUGGAAGGGUGAAGUUAGUGAAGAUAAGUACAGAGCAUAAUCCAGCUGAUAUGCUCACAAAACCAUUGAGCAAGGAGAAAUUCUUGUAUUGCUGCAGACUGGUUCGAAUGUGUGUAGUUAAUGAUUGA